GCAGGGUUGCUUAGACAAUUCCCAAACAUAUCGCUUCUACCUCGCGGCCACCUGACCUUUCUUCCUCCCUCACAAUCAACGACUCCGAGUCGACCCUUCUUUCUUUCUCUUCAUCCUCCCAAUCACCACAUCUAGACCGCCAACAUGGGCGAACAACUGCGAUGGGACGGCCAGACGGUCGUCGUUACCGGAGCUGGUGGAGGACUCGGCAGGGCAUAUGCUCUGUUCUACGGCAGCAGAGGCGCCAAUGUCGUGGUCAACGAUCUCGGAGGCAGCUUCAAGGGCGAAGGUGCCAGCCAGACAAUGGCACAAAAGGUUGUCGACGAGAUUAAGCAAGCUGGCGGCAAGGCCGUAGCCAACUACGAUUCCGUCGAGAAUGGCGAGAAGAUCAUCCAGACAGCCAUUGACAACUUUGGCCGCAUAGACGUGCUCAUCAACAAUGCCGGCAUUCUACGCGACAUCAGCUUUAAGAACAUGAAAGAUGAGGAUUGGGAUCUGAUUAUGAAGGUGCACGUUAUUGGAGCAUACAAAUGCGCACGAGCGGCGUUCCCACACUUUAGAAAACAAAAGUACGGCAGGAUAAUCAGCACUUCCUCGGCUGCGGGUAUCUUUGGAAGUUUCGGACAAUGCAACUACUCUGCCGCGAAGCUCUCGCAAGUCGGCUUCACAGAGACACUGGCAAAGGAAGGUGCCAAGUACAACAUCAUCGCCAACACUAUUGCACCCAUCGCUGCUUCGCGAUUAACUGCGACAGUGAUGCCAAAGGAGGUUCUGGAUCUGCUGAAGCCUGAGUGGAUCGUGCCAGUCGUGGCAGCCCUUACACACAAGGACACUCCUGCUGAGGAGACCGGUGGUAUCUUCGAGCUUGGUGGUGGUCACGUCGCCAAGUACAGAUGGGAGCGCUCGAAUGGUGCUCUCCUCAAGGCAGAUGACACCUUCACUCCAGGAGCCCUGCUCGCCAAGUGGAAGGACAUUGAAGACUGGACCAACCCACAGCACCCAACUGGGCCAAACGACUUCAUGACCCUUCUCGAGGAGGCACAGAAGCUCAAGCCAAGCCCGAAGGCCCAGGAGCUCGACUUUAGCGGCAAGGUUGCUGUUGUCACGGGUGGCGGUGCUGGUCUGGGUCGCAGCUACUGCUUGACCUUUGCCAAGUAUGGUGCAACUGUUGUUGUCAACGACCUUGCAGACCCAGAGCCAGUCGUGCAGGAGAUCAAGAAGCUUGGCGGCAAGGCAGUCGGUGUUCGAUGCAGUGCCGAGGACGGAGAGAAGGUGGUCAACGCCGCAAUCGACAACUUUGGCCGAAUCGAUAUCCUCAUCAACAAUGCCGGUAUUCUUCGCGACAAGGCUUUCCACAACAUGGAGGACAAGAUGUUCCAGCAGGUCUUGGACGUCCACUUGCGUGGCACCUAUAAGGCCAGCAAGGCUGCUUGGCCUCACAUGCUUAAGCAGAAGUAUGGACGUAUCGUGAACACAACCUCCACCUCAGGUAUCUAUGGAAACUUCGGGCAAGCGAACUACGCAGCUGCCAAGUGCGGUAUCCUUGGUUUCUCGCGUGCUCUCGCUCGUGAGGGCAAGAAGUACAACAUCUUCGUCAACACCAUUGCACCAAACGCAGGCACCAACAUGACUCGCUCUAUCAUGCCAGAAGAGAUGGUACAAGCCUUCAAGCCCGACUACGUUGUUCCUAUUGUCCUCAUCAUGAGCUCCGACAAGAUGCCAAGUGAGCCAACUGGACGUGUGUUCGAGAGCGGCUCUGGCUGGGCUGGCGAGACAAGGUGGCAGAGGACUGGCGGUGCACAGUUCCCAGUCGAUGUGGAGCUGACUCCAGAGGCAGUCAAGGCAGCAUGGGACAAGAUUGUCAACUUCGACGACGGCCGUGCUGACAACCCACACGACGUGUCGUUCGCGAACGACAAGAUCCUAGGCAACUCCCAGAACCGGUCCAAGAAAGGUGGGAAGCAGUCCAAGUCAUCUGAUGACACUGACUACCUGGCCGUGAUCGACAAAGCUAAGAAGGCGCAGGCCGAGGGAACGGAGUUCGUCUAUGAUGAACGCGAUGUGAUUCUCUACAACCUGGGUAUUGGAGCCAAGCGCACUGAGCUCCCUUACGUCUUCGAAGGCGAUGACAAUUUCCAAGUCAUCCCAACCUUCGGUGUCAUUCCUCCUUUCAACGCCGUAGCACCCUUCGACAUGAGCACCCUCCUACCUAACUUCGACUUCCGACAACUGCUCCACGCCGAGCAGUACCUCGAAAUCCGCCAAUUCCCUCUCCCGACAGAAGGCACCCUCAUCGCUUCCCCACGCUUGAUUGAAGUGCAAGAUAAGGGCAAGGCCGGUAUUAUCGUUUACGGUAGCGAAACAAAAGACAAGAACACAGGCAAGGACGUCUUCUACAACGAGUCAACAGUCUUCGUGCGUAAGGCUGGUGGUUUCGGUGGACAAAAGCAAGGUGGCGACCGUGGUGCUGCAACCAAAGUCCACAACCCACCAAAGAGACAACCCGAUGCCGUCGUGGAAGAGAAGACUUCUGAGGAACUGGCUGCCAUUUACCGAUUGUCUGGUGACAGGAACCCACUGCACAUCGACCCCGACUUCGCCAAAGUCGGCGGCUUCGACGUGCCCAUCCUGCACGGCCUCGCAUCCUUUGGUAUCGCAGGCCGAGCAAUCCUGAACACUUUCGGUCAAUUCAAGAACAUCAAAGUCCGAUUCGCAGGUGUGGUGCUUCCUGGACAGACACUCGUCACGGAAAUGUGGAAAGAAGGGAAGUGGGUCAUCUUCCAAGUCAAGGUCAAGGAGACGGGCAAGCUUGCUAUCUCGGGUGCUGGUGCUGAAUUGAGAGAAGAUGGCUCGAAGGCGAAGUUAUAAGAUUGAGAGAUUAGUGGGCGAUGGUGACGAUGCUUGGGUCGUAGAGAAUCUGUGAUGCAUUAUGAUGAAUACAGACAGGAAUUUUGAUGUUACUUUUAUGUUAGGAAAGCUUCAUGUAGUUGACUAGUAUAUUUUGCUCUAGACGGAUACCCG